AUGGACGAGGUCGAAAAACACAUGAAAAUAAUUAUUAUAGGAGACGGUCAGGUGGGAAAGACAAGUCUGGUUCGCCGAUUUGUGGACUCAAAAUAUGAUCCGGAUUAUAGGCAAACGAUUGGUGUGGCAUUCAAAGAAAAACAACAAUAUAUACCUGAACCUAUAAACGAGGCUGUAACAUUUAUGCUUUGGGAUACUGCUGGACAAGAAGAAUUUGCUGACAUGACUAGACAAUAUUACAGAGGUGCCAAAGGUGCCAUUUUGGUGUUUUCAACAACGGACAGAAGAAGUUUUGAAGCCAUCAAGGCAUGGAACGAAAAAGUCGAUACACAAUGUGACGAUACCAAUUUAUGUAAAGUUUUAAUUCAAAAUAAGAUUGAUUUAAUAGACCAAGCAGUGAUUCAACCCUCUGAAGCCGAGUCACUUGCUACUGAGCUUGGUAUUAAAUUUUUCAGGGCUAGUGUGAAAGAAAAUUUAAAUGUCACAGAGAUUUUCCAAACACUCGCCAUUGAUUAUUAUAAAAAAUUAGAAGAAGCAGCUCAAAACGAAGAACAGAAUACUAACCACACAUCUCAACCCACAGACAACCCACAGGAUACCAAUAAGGUCAAUCUUAACCAAGAACCUCCAAAAGAUCCAAAAAAGAAGAAGAAGUGUUGCAAUUAA